ACGAGUGGAAGUUCAGAGCGAAGGGGGAAGAAGCAGCUGGCUUUCAGGGGUUCUGCCCGAGGAGAGACACGGACCGUACGUUCAACGAGACGGACACACACACACGUGAGAGGUUCCUCUACGACAACAUGGUGACCAUCCGGUUUCAGCCCUGCUGCACCGUCAUUCUGUUGGUGCUAUUAGAGCUGGCUGUCGCCCAGUACGAACACCUGGGCUACCCGGCGGGCUUCCCUGACCCCGAGCAGGAGCAUUACACCGCCCCCCAGCUGACGCCGGACACGCCCAGGAUCCAGCUCCGAUUGGCGGGAGAUAAGAGGAAACACAACGAGGGUCGCGUGGAGGUUUUCUACAACGCCGCAUGGGGCACUGUCUGUGACGACGACUUCACUAUCCACGCCGCUCAGGUGGUGUGCAAGGAGCUGGGCUACCUGGAGGCCGUCUCAUGGUCCCCAUCCUCAAAAUAUGGGAAAGGACAAGGACCCAUCUGGUUCGACAAUCUCCACUGCACAGGCAAAGAGAAGACUUUGGCGCUGUGUCCUUCCAAUGGAAUCGGCAUUUCAGACUGCAAACACAGUGAAGACGUGGGCGUGGUGUGCAGCGACAAGAGAAUCCCGGGGUUCAAAUUUGUCAACACCCUGCCCAACCAUGUGGAGAACCUGGAUAUUCAAGUGGAGGACGUGCGCAUACGAGCCAUCCUGUCAUCCUACCGUAAGCGGAUCCCUGUGACUGAGGGCUACGUGGAGGUCAAGGAUGACGGUAAAUGGAAGCAGAUCUGUAACACAGAGUGGACGCAGCACAACAGCAGAAUCAUCUGUGGCAUGUUUGGCUUCCCCGGGGAGAGGAAGUACAAUGCCAGAGUUUACAAGAUGUUUGCUCGCCGGAGAAAGCCCACAUACUGGGACUAUGCUGUGAACUGCACUGGCAAUGAAGCCCAUUUGUCCAGCUGUAAACUGGGCCAGGGCACAUCCAUGAAGCCCAAUGAGACCUGUCCCGGAGGGCUGCCUGUGGUGGUGAGCUGCGUGCCCGGCAGAGACUUCGCCCCCACGCCCAUGACGGGAUUCAGGAAGGCCUUCAGACAAGAGCAACCGCUGGUUCGUCUUCGUGGCGGGGCCAUCGUGGGCGAGGGGCGAGUGGAGGUGUUGAAGAAUGGAGAGUGGGGCACCAUAUGUGACGAUAACUGGAGCUUGCUGUCUGCCACCGUGGUGUGCCGAGAGCUGGGCUUCGGUACGGCCAUAGAGGCCCUGUCCGGAGGUCGCUUGGGACAAGGUAUGGGCCCGGUCCACAUGAACGAGGUGGAGUGCUCUGGGUUUGAGAAGUCCAUCACGGAGUGUUUCUUCAACAAGGAGGCUCUUGGUUGCAGCCAUGAGGAGGAUGCAGCCGUCAGAUGUAAUGUUCCUGCGAUGGGCUUCCAGGAGUCGCUGCGUCUGAGCGGAGGUCGUAACCCCUACGAGGGCCGCGUGGAGGUGCUGGUGGAGAGGAACGGUUCUCUGGUGUGGGGGACGGUGUGCAGUGACAGCUGGGGAACCAUGGAGGCCAUGGUGGUCUGCAGGCAGCUGGGACUGGGCUUCGCCAGCAACACUUUCCAGGAGACUUGGUACUGGCCAGGAGAGGUAAGUGCUGACUCGGUGGUAAUGAGUGGCGUUCGCUGCUCUGGUACGGAGAUGUCCCUGUCCCACUGCCUGCAUCACGGGGCUCACCUCAGCUGCGCUAAGGGAGGCGGACGCAACGCGGCCGGAGUCUCCUGCUCUGAGACGGCUCCUGACCUGGUGUUGAACCCUCAGGUGGUGGAGCAGACCACCUACAUGGAGGACAGGCCCAUGUUCAUGCUGCAGUGUGCAUAUGAGGAGAACUGUCUCUCCUCCAACUCCAGCCAGGCACCGGCCAACAGCUACCGUCGCCUGCUUCGCUUCUCCUCCCAGAUCCACAACAACGGCCAGUCGGACUUCCGGCCCAAAGCGGGCAGACAUUCCUGGGUGUGGCACGAAUGUCACAGGCAUUAUCACAGCAUGGAGGUGUUUACCCUGUAUGACCUCUUCACCCUCAAUGGAACCAAAGUGGCAGAAGGGCACAAAGCAAGUUUCUGCCUGGAGGACUCAGAGUGCGAUGAAGGUAUUGAAAAGAGGUAUGAGUGUGCUAACUUUGGAGAGCAGGGCAUCACUGUGGGCUGCUGGGACACCUACAGGCACGACAUUGACUGCCAGUGGAUCGACAUAAGUGAACUCAAACCUGGAGACUACAUUUUCCAGAUAGUAAUUAAUCCAAACUAUGAGGUACCGGAGUCAGACUACACCAAUAACAUCAUGAAAUGCAGAUGUCGAUACGAUGGCCAUCGUGUGUGGAUGUACAGCUGCCAUAAUGGUGGCUCAUUGAGCACUGAAACUGAACAGACGUUCCCAGGCCUCCUCAACAACCAGGUGACCCACAGGUAAAGACGAAGCAGUGCAGACGGACCAUCUGCAGCCCACCAACCACUACACUUCUCCAUCCGUAGUGGAUUCUAACCAGCCAGCCUAGACAAACUACCUUUUUAUGCUCCUCGUCAUCCAUGAGGCAGCUGCUUUCUUCAACCCCACCCUCUCCUUUAGCUCCCAUCCCAAAGAAUAUGUUACCCCCCUCCUCACACAGAGGCAGCUUACGGACACUUCCAACCUCCCGAGUUCAGAUCAAGAGAACGGCGAAGCCCUGUGCAUUUUAAACUUGCUGGGAAGUUGCAGCAUUGGGGAAUGUCAUCAAGAAUGUGUGGUAUUUGAAGUGCAUUUGAACUUUCCCAGAACCCUGUCAGGGAAUUGAGAGGAAUCAUCUUCAUCAAGGAGUUCAUGCAAAUCGAGCUGUGGCAUAAACAAGCAAGUCCUCAAAAAGCCAACAGCCCACUUUAUCACAAAAUACACGGGCUAAUUACCCAGUUCAGUUGUAAAAAAUAAUCCUACACAUGCUGAAGAGCCCCAAAGUGCCCCAAAGCCCUCUUUAAAUAACUGGAGCAGAACUGCACUGCAAUCCUUUUUCAAAACGAGAGAGAGAGAAUAACUUCAGGGGCCGUCAUGUGAUGCCAUUUGGCCCAAAAAUACUUCUUCCCAUAGAAUUGCAUUGGGCAAGAGACGCCUGUAGAUCAGUAUGAACACUUGAAUAGCCCUUAUUUAAAGCAUUAGGUCCUAAAAGGUGUCAAAUGUACUCGUAGCCAAAUCCAGAAUCAUUUUGCUUCCUCAUCAUGUGAAUGAGACCGAGUGGUGGGAGGGGUUAAAGGAGACGCUUGCUCUUUGGGCCUGUUGAUGUGGAAGCUCCGACAUACAAUUUAUCAGAAUGUUAUAUUUUUUUUUUGCUUGAUGUUUGAACUUUCAUGGGAAAGUUGCUCAGUGGCCACGCCUCCAUUAGCGUACCACUUCUCUUUAUACAGCCACGGGCGGUUUGCAGGGUAGAGAGCUACUUAGCUAGUCAGCUGUCACUGCUAGCGAAUGUCAUUUCCCCUUUCAGACAGUCAGAGUUGCAGAUAUUCACUACUUGUUGACGUUUUAAUCCUUGUUUAAAAAAAAAAAAUAACCUUGCGUACAAUUAUGUGUGUGAAUCCUAUUUUACCUUUGUAAUGGUGCUAUCAAACUGGUCCUCUGUUUUCUGAGGGUGCAGUAGGCUCCAUCAUGCAUACUGACAGUAUACUUGAACAGAGCGUAAGAAACAAUUCACUUUGUGUGUUAAACUAUAAUAAAGGAGUUAUAGAACAACCACAUCGGUGCUGCUCAGUGUUGAUUCUCUUUAUUAUUCAUUAUUUUUUCUGUAUUCAUUUUUCAGCAUCACCCUGAUUUGGUGUUUUUUUAUUACAAAAACUAUGACACUACUGUUUGCUCAAAUUUUAUUUAGCCUGAUGGUUUCAUACAUACAGUACAUGUGGUUGUAUGUAUGCAUGUGAUUAUUUUUUUUAAUUAAAAUCCUUAAUUUAC